UUCAAUGGAUGUGAUAGAGAAAGGAAGAAGUCCAAGGAGUAGCUCAAGCCCUGAUACGCUGAGAAGCGGAAUAAGGCGCAGCUUGAGCAAUACACAGAGGAAGAUGGAGGAUGUUUUUGCGGCCGGAGCGUCGCGAAGCAGUCGAGCUCAGGAGGAAGAUGAAGAAGCUCUCAGGUGGGCGGCUAUCGAGAAGCUGCCAACGUAUGAUCGUUUAAGAACGAGUAUCAUGAAUUCGUUUGUGGGGAAUGAUGAUAACAAUGUUGGUCCGAGAGAAGUCGAUGUGAGAAGGCUUGACAUGGAUGACCGACAGAGUUUCAUUAGUGCACUGUUUAAGGAUGCUGAAGAAGACAACGAGAAGUUCUUGAAGAGAUUCCGAAACAGACUUGAUAAGGUUGGGAUUCAGCUUCCAGUAGUGGAAGUUAGGUAUGAGCAUUUAAAGGUUGAAGGAGAAGCGUAUAUAGGUGGUAGAGCCCUGCCUACUCUCCUAAAUGCGGCUCAAAAUAUAGCAGAGUUAGCUCUUUCAAUGCUUGGGAUUAGAUUGUCCAAGACCACCAAACUCAACAUCCUUAACGAUAUCUCUGGUAUCAUCAAACCAUCCAGGAUGACCCUUUUAUUAGGGCCCCCGUCUUCUGGGAAAACAACCCUCUUGCUUGCAUUGGCUGGGAAACUGGACCCAAGCUUGAAGGUGAGUGGGGAAGUAAGCUACAAUGGGUAUAAACUGAAUGAAUUUGUGCCCCAAAAGACCUCUGCGUAUAUUAGCCAGAAUGAUGUUCAUGUUCCUGAAAUGACUGUUAAAGAAACCUUGGAUUUCUCUGCUAGGUGUCAAGGGGUCGGAACUCGAUACGACCUUCUAAGUGAACUUGCAAGGAGGGAAAAGUACGCUGGUAUUUAUCCUGAACCAGAAGUAGACCUUUUCAUGAAGGCAACUGCAAUUGAAGGAGCUGAAAGCAGUCUCGCUACUGACUACUUUCUCAAAAUGCUGGGACUCGAUGUAUGCAAGGAUACAAUUGUUGGAGAUGAGAUGAUUCGAGGGGUAUCCGGUGGACAGAAAAAACGAGUAACAACAGGAGAGAUGAUCAUUGGACCGACCAAAACAUUGUUCAUGGAUGAGAUAUCAACAGGCCUUGACAGUUCCACAACCUAUCAAAUUGUCAAGUGCUUGCAACAGAUUGCUCACCUAACGGAUGCCACUAUCUUCAUGUCCUUACUACAGCCAGCUUCCGAGACUUUUGACCUCUUUGAUGAUAUAGUGCUCAUCUCUGAAGGUCGAAUUGUUUAUCAAGGUCCACGAGAACACGUCGUUGAAUUCUUCGAGAGCUGUGGAUUCAAAUGUCCCGAGAGGAAGGGAACUGCAGAUUUCUUGCAAGAGGUUACCUCAAAGAAGGAUCAAGCGCAGUAUUGGGCUGAUAGAGGUAAACCAUACCGAUAUGUUCCGGUUACUGAGUUUGCUAAAAGGUUCAAGAAGUUCCAUGUUGGAGUGCAGCUAGCAAACGAGCUCUCGUUGCCUUUUGAUAAGUCCAAAUGCCACAAAGCAGCCUUAGUAUUCUCAAGAUAUUCUGUAACAAAACUUGAACUUUUGAAGGCCUGCUGGGAUAAAGAAGUGUUACUGAUCAAGCGGAACUCAUUCUUUUAUAUCUUCAAGACAAGUCAGAUUAUUAUUGUAGCUUUCUUUGCAUUAACAUCGUAUGUCAGGCCUAGAAUGCAUCACAGGAAUGAAGAAGAUGCAUUUGUCUAUAAUGGUGCUCUCUUGUUUGCACUUAUCACCAACAUGUUCAAUGGUUUUCCUGAGAUUUCACUCAUGAUCGCCAGGCUUCCAGUUUUUUUCAAGCAAAGAGACCAAUUACUCUAUCCAGCUUGGGCGUUCGCCAUUCCAUUACUCGUGACAAAACUACCUAUGGCCAUUUUUGAGACUAUUGCUUGGAUGGCAAUGACAUACUACACCAUAGGAUUUGCACCAGAGGCUGAGAGAUUUUUCAAGCAAAUGUUGGUGAUAUUUAUUAUCCAACAAAUGGCUGCUUCACUAUUUAGGCUCAUUUCAGGGGUCUGCAGGACCAUCGUUGUUUCCAACACCGGUGGAAUGUUCGCUCUGAUGUUUGUGGUAAUGCUAGCAGGUUUCACCCUUCCCAGAACUCAAAUUCCUAAAUGGUGGAAAUGGGGUUAUUGGGUUUCACCCUUGUCAUAUUCUUACAAUUCCCUUCUUAUUAAUGAAAUGUAUGCACCGAGAUGGAUGAACAGACUGGCUUCUGACAAUGUAACCAGAUUGGGGGUGGCAGUGCUUGAAGCUUUAGAAGUCUAUCGAAAUAAAAACUGGUAUUGGGUUUGUGUAGGAGCUAUGGUGGGAUUCUGUAUCCUUUUCAAUGUCCUCUUCAUCCUUGCACUCACUUAUCUAAAUCCUCCCGCAGCGCCACAAGCUGUUAUUCAGCAAGAUUCAAGCGUUGAUACAGAACAUAACCUAGAAAUGGAAAUCCAAGGAACCAACAGUCAAUCAAAUUCGAACCAAAGAAAAGCCAAGAAAGGAAUGGUUCUUCCAUUCACUCCCCUAGCAAUGUCAUUUGACAAAGUGAACUAUUAUGUUGACAUGCCUUCUGAGAUGAAGGCGCAGGGAGUUACUGAGAACAGGCUACAAUUACUUCGAGAAAUAACAGGUGCAUUUAGGCCUGGAGUUUUGACUGCUCUAAUGGGAGUCAGUGGAGCUGGAAAGACAACAUUGAUGGAUGUUUUGGCUGGAAGAAAAACCGGUGGAUACAUCGAAGGUGAUGUUCGAAUCUCUGGGUUCCCCAAAAAGCAAGAAACUUUCGCCAGAGUCUGUGGAUACUGUGAACAAACUGAUAUACACUCACCUCAAAUCACGGUCAAGGAAUCCUUGAUAUUUUCGGCUUUCCUUAGACUUCCAAAAGAAAUCAGUGAACAAGAAAAAAUGACCUUUGUUGAUCAAGUGAUGGAACUGGUAGAGUUAGACAAUCUAAAAGAUGGUCUAGUAGGGCUGCCAGGAAUUACAGGGCUUUCAACAGAGCAGAGAAAAAGAUUGACAAUUGCGGUGGAGCUUGUUGCUAAUCCCUCAAUUAUUUUCAUGGACGAACCAACAUCCGGGCUUGAUGCAAGGGCGGCUGCCAUUGUCAUGAGGGCUGUGAGAAACACUGUGGAUACAGGAAGAACUGUCGUCUGCACAAUACAUCAGCCUAGCAUCGAUAUAUUUGAAGCCUUUGAUGAACUUCUAUUGAUGAAAAGAGGGGGACAAGUCAUCUACUUUGGACGUCUCGGUCGAAAUUCUCAAAGGAUUAUUGAAUAUUUUGAGGCGAUUCCCGGAAUUCCCAAAAUUAAGGAGAAACAAAAUCCAGCAACUUGGUUGCUGGAAGUGAGCUCAGUAGCAGUUGAAGCACAACUUGGAAUUGAAUUUGCUGAGCAUUAUAAGUCAUCAUCUUUAUAUCACCAAAACCAGGCUUUAGUACACGAGAUAAGUAAACCACCACCUGGAGCUAAUGACCUGCAUUUCAUUACUCAAUAUUCUCAAUCUAGAUGGGGACAGUUCAAAUGUUGCCUCUGGAAGCAAAUCAAAACUUACUGGAGAACCCCUGAAUACAACCUUGUCCGAUUAGGUUUCACUUUGGUUGCAGCUCUAACCAUUGGAUCAAUUUUCUGGAGAGUCGGCCCAAGAAUAAAAGAUGCAACUGAAUUUACAGUGAUACUAGGGGCCGUGUAUAUAGCUGCCAUGUUUCUUGGAGUUAAUAACUGCCAAACAGCCCAGCCGGUUGUAGCCAUCGAAAGAACCAUAUUUUAUCGUGAAAGAGCUGCUGGAAUGUACUCUGCAUUACCAUAUGCAUUUGCACAGGUUAUAAUAGAAAUCCCAUUUGUGUUAGCACAAUCUUUAUACUAUACAGUUAUUGUGUAUGCUAUGAUCAAGUUCGAAUGGACGGCGAAGAAGUUCUUCUGGGCCUUUUUUGUUAACUUUUCCACCUUCUUGUACUUCACGUACUACGGCAUGAUGACUGUUGCCAUCUCACCGAACGUCCAAGUGGCAGCUAUCAUAGCAUCAUCUUUCUAUGCACUUUUUAAUCUUUUCUCUGGCUUCUACAUCCCAAGGCCGAGAAUCCCUCCAUGGUGGAUCUGGUAUUAUUGGAUCUGCCCAAUAGCAUGGACAAUGUACGGAUUGAUUACGUCGCAGUACGGAGAUGAUGAAUGCACCAUUAAAGCACCAGGGAUCAAGCCUGACCCUACAAUUAAAAGGUACUUAGAACACCAUUUCGGGUAUCACUAUGACUUCAUGUGGGUAGUUGCUGCAGUUUUGGUUGCUUUCCCAGUGUUCUUUGCGUUCAUGUUUCUCUUAUGCAUCAAGAUGCUGAACUUCCAAGUUAGAUAGAGGAAAAUCUGUACGCAUAGUCUAGCUCAAGAGUGAUGUAUGUAUAUUAUU